AUGCCUGAGUUAGCUGACCAGAUGUACUGCUCAGAACAAAUAUCGGUGCCUCCAUCGUUUCCUUAUCUUCUGAGGCAAUACGCCAAGUCAGCCAUCAGGACACAGCCGGUUGAUUUACUACAAUGGUCGACAGCGUACUUCCGUUGCCUCUCUCUCAACAUCCCUCCUCCUGUGAAGCCUCGCCUCGAAUACCCCAUCCCUCGGUCCCAUCGAGGUCUCACCCCCGGCUGGCUCAAGGCCUUGAUCUACCAGCUGCAGGGCAACCAAUCGGUGCCCUUCAAGGUGCUGUGGGACAGAUGGACAGGUGCAUGCUUGGCCCAUGGGACGCUCAUAGAGGUACUGUGUGUGGGUGGCUUCAAGGACGCUCAGGCCAUACCGUGGUCGAGGUUCGUUGGAUUGUGCGCUGCUCAUCUCACGGACGACUUGACAACCACUAUGAAACUGAUAUGCGAAAUAAUGACAGAAGAACCGGAGGGGGGGUCAGCCAUGAUCCCUUUAGAGACAUUCAUCGACCUGUACGAAUUCCUUGCUAAAAUUGACGCUUCGAAGCCCCAAAAACUGCAGAACCUCUAUUUCACCGAUUCCCUAUUGAGUCUGUGGAUGAAAUCUCCUGACCAAGGAGACCAACCUGUGGUUACACAGGAGGAAUCAGUGUACGAAGAAGAGAGCAUAAAAAGUCACACUACUGAGAGGUCUGAGAGCGAAGAAACUGAAAAAGAGCUGACGAAAGAAGAAAUAUCCUGUCCCAGUUUGGUGGACGCUGAACCAGCAGAUCCAUACUCUAUGGAUUAUUAUAUUCAAGUAGCUGACGGAGAAGCAGAGGAUAUUCCUGCAGGCAUGUAUUCAGAUUAUGACAGAGUACAUGAUGCAUACGAAUUGGAAGGAGAAGGUCAAGAAUUGCAACAAGAAGAAGAAAUUUAUAAAGAGAUGUUGGACGAAGAGGAAGAAAAAGAAUCGAAAUCAGAGCGCUCCGAAGACGCCAUGACGGCCGAUUUCGAAGAGAUCCGCGAAUACCCGGAACCGGAAACGACGAAAGAGGCGCCGCAGGAAAAGGACGACGGGGACAAAAAGAGUUCCGUCGACGUCGCUUUGGACGACGCGCCGAACGAAUCGGUAGACACCAUCCAGGAGGUGCCGAGGAAGAUCAUGCCGGAAGAAGUUGAUGACGAAAAGAGGCUGCUGGAAGAUCUGCAGAGGUUGCAGGCCAUGCAGCAAGAGAUUUCUGGUGAAACAGACGAAGAAGUGGAAAAAUUCAAGUGCAAACUCAUCGAAGAAAUGCCCCUGUCAGCUUCACAAGAAGUUGCUAUAGAUCAAUUCAAGGAAGCUGAGGUUCCUGAAGAACAAGAAAAAGAGCAGGAAAAAGAAACAGUCGAGGAUGAUAAGCAAGAAGAGAAGAAGUCAGACGUUGAAGAAGUGAACGUAGAAGCGAUUCCUGGAAUAGGGCCCAUCGUUCCAGAUCACAUGAUCAAAGCGGUUUGUGACUAUAUGAGGAGCGUGUCGACUAUCCAGCAUGGGAUGGUGAUGCCCAGAAACAUAAGACAUUAUAACUGUCCUCCACUGGAAAUUCUUGAUUAUGGCAUGUAA